AUGCUCCUGAACCCCAUCAAUGGCCUCUUCAUUGUCAGCUCCUUCAGGGCACAGUUCCGCGCGUUGUACGAGACGCGCGAGACGCCCAGCAAGAUGUACUCAUCGCAGGUCAUGGUGCUCUCAUGCGUCAUCGUCGAGUCCUUUUCCGCCAAGACGCCCAAUGCUACCAUCUCGGUCCUGUUCCGCUUGUCUUUUUCCUCAUCCUCACCUACUGCGGCGUUAUGCAACCGCUGCAUGCUGGACCCCGUUCUGGAAGACACUACCGUCUACUGCAGCGACAAAGAGCUCAGCGCCAUCAGGCUCCCUUUUGGCAGCACUUACGCCUCCUACAUUGCGGACUUUGUGCUCUCCCUCGAAAUGGAUCACAGCAGGUCUCAAUUGGACGGACAUGAAUACUUUGUCUAG